CCGGAGGCCAUAAACAUGACUUCUUCAUUCACGAACCUCCUCACAAGCAACAUGGAGAACAACGGGAUUGGACAGGACAGGACUAAUUGGGGGGGACAAUUCUCGGACUAUUCGUCUAAUCCGAACCGGUUUACGGACAGAAACGGGACUGAAAUCCCCAAGUUCAGGUCACUCCAGCCUCCUUCUCUGCCUCUCUCCCCUCCCCCUGUCUCCCCUUCUUCUUACUUGGCUUCCACGCCGGCUUUUAGUCCCACCGAUUUUCUCAGCUCAUCCAUGUUCCUCUCCUCCUCAAAUAAUCUUGAAUCUCCAACAACUGGAGCUUUUUCGAGUCAGGUUUUCGAUUGGAUGAAUAAUACUAAGGACACCCAGCAAGUAAUUAGGGAGAGCGAGUCGAAAAUGUUCUCCGAUUUCUCGUUCCAACCGGAAUCGCGGCCUGCAACUAAUCUGCAAUCUUCUUCUAGCAUGGUUUCAGUGGAAGAACCAUUUAAAAGGGAAAGGCAAGCGUGGGACUUUAGUACAACAAGGCAAGCUGAUUCCUCAGCUGAGAAGACAGCAGUCAAGUCGGAAUUCGAGCCAAUGGAAGCGAAUACGCAGAGUAAUGGACUUAAUGGUGCUCCGAAGUCCGAUUACUUGCAUUCUACUCAAUCUUCGCAAUAUGCUCGAGAACAAAAAUCGGAUGAUGGGUUCAAUUGGAGGAAGUACGGGCAGAAACAAGUGAAGGGUAGCGAAAAUCCGCGGAGUUAUUACAAGUGCACGUUUCCGAAUUGCCCCACAAAGAAGAAGGUUGAGAGAUCAUUGGAUGGACAGAUUACUCAAAUUGUGUACAAGGGUAGUCAUAACCAUCCUAAGCCUCAGUCUACAAGAAGAUCAAGCUCUAACUUGAUUCAGGGUUCUUCGUAUGUAAUCUCUGAUCAAUCCGUUCCAACGUUAUCCAAUCCGAAAGUUGAGUCCAUCACACUGCAGGAGGAGUCUUCAACCUCAAUGGGAGAGGAUGAGUUUGAACAGAACUCUCCAAUAAGUAAUUCAGGAGGAGCUGAAGACGAAAACGAGCCUGAGGCGAAAAGAUGGAAGGGAGAAAAUGCAAAUGAUCAAGCCUACGCAUCUUCUGGUAGUAGAAUUGUAAAAGAACCAAGAAUUGUGGUGCAGACAACAAGUGAAAUCGAUAUUCUGGAUGACGGGUAUAGGUGGAGGAAGUAUGGACAGAAAGUAGUGAAGGGAAAUCCGAAUCCGAGGAGCUACUACAAAUGCACAUCCGUGGGUUGUCCGGUGAGGAAGCAUGUGGAGCGAGCAUCGCAUGACGCAAGGGCGGUGAUCACCACGUACGAAGGGAAACACAACCACGAUGUUCCUGCAGCGCGUGGGAGCAGCAAUAACAGCAAUGCAAGUAGACCUGCUGCCGAUAAUAGCAGCAACAAUGUGUCCAUGGCUGUGAGGCCCUUGGCAUUGCCUAACCAUUCUAAUUUGAGGUACCUCAACUCUCUUCAGAACACAAGGCAGCCAGCAACCACUGAAAGCCAACCGCCGUAUACACUCAAAAUGUUGCAGAGUGAAGGAAGUUAUGGAUUUUCCGAGUUCUGAAAGCGAAUUGAGAGCUCUGCCAAUCGGUAACAAUGUUACACGAGGAUGUGUCUUCUGGUCCAAGGAACCAAGGGACGACGCAUUUUUGUAAUUUGGGAUCAAAUCAAGGCGCUUGAAAGAUUAAUUAGGGUUUAGUGUGUUGUUGUAUAGUUCCUAAGUAGUUGUCUAAGGAGUCAUUAGUAUUGCAUUUGUUUAUUCUUUUCGCACCAUGUUGUAAUAGUAAGUCUAAGCUGAAGAGAAAAUAAGAGGUAGAAUGAUAUGAAUUAGGAAUUGUUCAAGUUCCAAAAGCACUUUUUUCAUUAGAAAAAGCAAAUACAAACCUAUAGGGCUGCCCAUAUAAUGGAAAAGUGAAAUUGUUUCUGUUU